GAUACAAGGCUGAUCAGAUAAAGAGACCAUGGAGAAUUCACCAUUUAGACGAGGGCAGUGGGUGUCUCAGUCCCUGCGAAUUACUGCUAAAGAGCUGUCUAUAGUCAACACGAGGGGAUCGGUAGCACUCAGGGAACGUUUCUCCAAAUAUCAGAAGGCGGCAGAGGAAUCGAGCAGUGAACGGAAGAGGAACACUGAAAAGUUCCCCCUGAAUGUAAAGAAGGGGGCACUGAGCAUUUUAAAAAAGAAGUGGGAGAGCCAAGAAAAAUCCACAGAGCAGUCAGAACCUCCGAAGAUUUCUGUUCGAAGUAAUCUCUCAGAUCCUCGGCACCAUAUCAGUCCUAAGGCAAACAGCAGCACAGUGGCCCGAACGGAGUCGGAUUGGAAUUCAGAAACCACUACUGUCCAAUCUAGAGUCAAGUCUCCCAAGAGUCCUGGGGUCCUGAGCAGAUUUAAUUACCUCGGUGGCGAGAGUGAAAGCCAGGCAGAGUUAAAAACCCAAUCUGAGAAGAUGGAGAAAGUGGGGCAUGAAAUGGAGAAUGGCAUCGUAGAGGAUUUGACCAUCUCCCCCAAAAUCGAGAAGUUCAAUGUGCCGCUGAGCAGUUUGAAGAUGAUGUUUGAGAAGGGGGAAGCAAACGUUCAUUCCAAGAACCAACAGAAUGGAACUGCAGUCAAGGCUACCAGGGAUCACCACCUCAAGUCUGACGUUUCUAAGAAGUGGCUAGAUAGGACGGCGGAAGACAGCUGUCUGGCUGAAGGCACUGAGAACAAAGCAGGAGAGGGAAGCCUUGGUACUUUGAAACUGGAUGAUUCUGACUCUGCCUUGCCUGCCUCGAGCCCUGAUAAAGUUGAACGAAAGCUUGAAUCUGAGCUGGCAGACCUGCAGGAGACAAAUUCGCUGAAAGACAGAAUGGCACUGUAUCAGGCUGCUGUGUCACGGAAGGAGACCAUCGCACAAGCCCACGAGAGUGUGGAGGGGGAGAUGCUACCUGGAGGCAUAACAAGCACCAAAGAACAGUGGGAAACCAGGGAAACCAGAUCCGAGAAGGCCUAUGUGGUCGAGGGCAUUCCAAGCUCACAGAAAAGUUUCAUCUCUGAGAAACCAGCUGAUGACAAAGUGAAAGCAGACAAUGAAGAGGAGACUCAGAGGCUUUCAGGCCAAGGUCAGAGGUCACCCACUGAAACCCAAAGCGUUACACCCAAAAAUAUCAAGAAAUUUAAACCUCCCGCUCGAGAGCUAUGUGAUACCUGCCAAAAGACUGUGUAUCCAAUGGAGCGUCUGGUCGCAAACAAACAGAUAUUUCAUAAGAGCUGUUUCCGUUGCCACCACUGUAACAACAAACUCAGCAUUGGAAAUUAUGCAUCUCUACAUGGCAAUGUGUACUGCAAGCCACAUUUCAGCCAACUCUUCAAAUCCAAAGGUAAUUACGAUGAGGGAUUUGGCCACAAGCCGCAUAAGGAGCUGUGGGUGCCCAAAAACGAAAAUGACGGAGCGGAGAGCAAGAGUGAAGAUAUGAUGGAUAAUUCUAUGACCAAAGCUGAGAAUUCUACUGACAAAGAGCUCAACUCUUCUGUGGAUGAGCUCUCUAUACUCAAGGUAGGUGUCUUGGCAGCCAGCAUGGAGGCCUUGGGUUCCAUUUCUUCACCAGAAAAGCCAGAAAAACCUGUGGAAACUAGGAGGUUAAAAAUCGCUUGGCCACCUCCAUCGGAUGCAGGCAGCAAAGGAGGACUUUCUGCUGAAGAGAGUGUCAAAGUCAGCAAACCAAAGUGGCCUCCAGAGGAUGACACCCAACAGCAAGCCUGCAAGAGGAGCCCGGAAUUCAGUGGUACAUCAAGGCUCAGAAGAAGUGCUUCCCUCAAGGAGCGGUGUAGACCAUUCACUGUUGCAGAGCAGAUGAAACCCAUUGCCACAAAGGACCAGGGUAAGAAUCAGCCACCUGCCCACACCGCAGUGAAUGACGUCGUCACUGCUAAAGAGCAGGUGAAGGACGAGGAGCCCAAGGGGCAGGAGGAGCCCAAGGGGCAGGAGGAGCCCAAGGGGCAGGAGGAGCCCAAGGGGCAGGAGGAGCCCAAGGGGCAGGAGGAGCCCAAGAGGCAGGAGGAACCCAAGAAGCAGGAGGAAAUGAGUGAAAGAAAAUCCAGUGUAGGCAAUGGUGCUGAGCAAUCGGUGACAACUGAGCCCGAGGAUGAAAAGGAAGACUCUGUUGUGGAAGAGGUGGUCGACGUGGGAAGUGUCAAUGGACAACUCCUUUCAGACAACGAGACAGAGGAGGUGGCAUUCAGCGAGGAUGAAGAGGCCACAAAACCCAGCUCUGAGGAGCCUGAGGAGCAGGACUAUGAACAAAAGCUGUCCAAGUUGCAAAGUUCGGAUGAAAUCCUUACCUCGGAUGAGCUAAUAACCCACUGUGACAAGAAAUCCGAAGAUGUUGGGUUUUGGGAUGGAGAAGAAACCGAGGAACUAUCAGUUGAAGACCAGAUCAAGAGGAAUAGGUAUUACGAAGAGGAAGAUUAGGUGGAGCCGAUGAUUAACCACCACAUUUUGACUUACCUUUUUGUUCAUAUUGAUAGAUCUUUUGCGGCUCACAACUUUCUGAUUUAAAUGAUGGUUUAUUCUAUAUGCCUCUAUUGAUUUAAAAAAAAGAUUUAUUGGAAGAUUGGGGAUAGGCUUGUGACUGUAAUCAGUUUUAUCAAUUAGGGUACAGACUUUUACUGUUGUAGACCAAUUGAAGUGCAGAAAGCUUUGUUCACCAGAGUUGUAAGCUUCAAAUCCUUGUCAGGCCCAGUGUCUUUCGUUUGAUUCACGGUGUUGCCAAGCUGUGGAUGUGGAAUCCUUUUGUGAAUGAACAUGUUGCUGAACAUGGCGGCUUCCUGUGCACACAGACAACAUACCCUUUUCAGAGUGGAAGGAUGUGUUUUUUCUUUUUGAGUUUGUGGUGUUUUGUGUGGGAAGUUUCCUGUUUGUGCUUCGGCCAACUGGUGGAAAGUAAAGGCCACCUUGACCAGCACUUGAAGACCAGCACGGAACACGUCACCCCCCACCGCCCUUCUUUUGAAGCCCCCUGCCCUGACUAUUUAUUCACCAACCACACGAGCAGAGAACGGUGUGGUGCUUGUGGGGAAAAUCAUUCGAAAAAUCAUAGAACGAUUACAAAAUUGUGUACAAGUUUUAAAAGAAUAUUGAAAUGAGUGUUUUAAUUUUCAAGUUUCACAGCCCUGUUGCACAUCGCAUUUUAGUGCACUUUGUUUUAAAUAGCGUCCCCGCACAGACAUCCUGACGUUGAUCAUAACAAUAAUGUAUUGAACCGGGGCCAAGAAAAUGACUUGAGUAAUUGGUGCGUCAGUGAAUGAUCGAGGAUAAUCAAAAUUGGAUCUUUUAUAAAAGAACAAAAAAGGUGUAAUGUUUGGAGGCAGAUGAAGUCCCCGUGUUUCCCUGAAAUAAGAGAAUAAUGUAAUUAAUAUGCUCUGUUCAGUGAGGGCAGUGUGGACAGACACAUACAGGACCCAAUCUGGCUUCAGUCACAGUGUAUCUCCCUCUACCUGUUGAUGAAGCCGGCAGUCACACCCGGAUGCACAAGUUAGGGCAGCCUUUGAAGUGUUCAGUAACAGAAGAAACUUCUUCCGCCGUGAAAUUUCCUGUCUUGUGGUCAAAAACCGUUGGGCCAAUUGGAGAGGAGUCGAUGUGUUUUAUCAUGCAUUGUCAAGCUUCUGUAAGUUGUCACAUUAAGACCGCACGCCCCAUUUCUUUCUGUGAUUGUGGUCUGAAUUGUGCAGAUAAAAAUGAGGCUUUGGAAUUAAAAAAAACAUUUUAACAGCUGUUUUAUGGGCAUAACCAUGACUCUAGUCUUUAAACAUCGUAAAUUCUUAAGCUUAAUUCUAAAGUUUAAUUCUGAGUUGCCCUGUUUUUAGAAUCUCUUGUACCUAUCCAGUAUGAUUUGGUAUAUAAAUGUUUUUACAUACUGACAGCACAAAGGUGGGGACAAGAAUGCUGCUGAAAAUCUCAAUAUAAUCUUUAUAAAUCAAGGCAUCUCAAAUAUUUCUUUACAAGAACACUAUUAAACACUGUUAAAACUGCUUUCUGAUAAUAUGUACCAUUAAAAUCUAGGUUAGGUGAAGGUGUUUGCUAACUACCCCAUCAGUUAAGAGACAGUUCUCAACUAUGUUGCAUGAACAUAUCAUGGUUCAUUGUAUCUUCAUUUAUCUUCUUGGUUGUGUUUGCUGGGCCCCCCUCAGUAGCUGUAAUACACCCACCAUUACAUUGCCAUUUAAACUGCGUCUCCGAUAUCUGGGUUCCUGAUUGAGAGGACGGUUGCUCUGCUUUUUAGCACUUUUAAACUUCAUUCACCCCACUUCCUGCCUCCGCUGUUUAUCCAAUGUGUCGUGUUUCUUUUAUGUUCAGCAUGUAACAAUUAAUAAACUGUUCAGAAUCAUUUACUUCAAA